GGUCACACUGAAUACAUGUUUAUGUUUCACUUCACGGGUCUCAACGAAACAGAAUUUGAGCAGAAAUAGUGAUUUAAAGUGACAAUCCCUUAUCCAAAAUGAGUUCGGGGAUAGUGCGUACUCCCGUCUCGCAGAUAAUCAACAACAAAGCUGACCAGGAUGCCGAGGAGGAGCCAAAGAAAAAGUCCCGCGAGGAUUGGCGCAAAGCCAAGGAGUUGGAGGAGGCGAGAAAAGCGGGAACAGCCCCAGCCGCCGUCGAUGAGGAGGGUCGCGACAUCAAUCCGCACAUUCCGCAGUACAUCUCGAACGCGCCCUGGUACUAUGGCACCCAGGGGCCCACACUGAAGCAUCAGCGGCCACAGCACGAGGAUGAGCAGGGGCAGCUGGACAAGCGGGCACCCAAGGGCCUGGACACCACCAAAAUAGUGACCAAGUUCCGGAAGGGCGCCUGCGAGAACUGCGGCGCCAUGUCGCACAAGAGAAAGGAUUGCCUGGAGCGGCCGCGCAAGGUGCAGGCGAGGUAUGCCGAAUCGAUUGUGGUCCACGACGAGCACAUCGUGAGCGAAGCCUCCAUUAACUACGACGAGAAACGUGAUCGCUGGAGCUCCUACGAUCCGGCCAAUCACCGGGAGAUUGUCGAAGAGUACGAGAAAGUGGAGGAGGCCAAGCGGCAGCUUAAAGCGGAAAAGCUUAAAAAUGAUCCCGAUGCGGAAAUCUCGGACGAGGAGGGCAACGAGGACAAGUACGUCGAUGAAGUGGACAUGCCAGGCACAAAGGUGGACUCCAAGCAGCGGAUUACUGUGCGAAAUUUGCGUAUUCGCGAGGAUACAGCGAAAUAUCUGAGAAAUUUGGAUCCCAAUUCCGCCUACUACGACCCCAAGACACGCUCUAUGCGUGACAAUCCGAAUCCAGCAACGCCUGCGGAGGAAGCCGAGUUUGCUGGGGAGAACUUUGUGCGCUUUUCGGGCGACACAACAGCGCAGGCCACGGCUCAACUGUUUGCCUGGGAGGCCCAUGGCAAGGGCGUGGAUGUUCAUCUGCUGGCUGAGCCCACGAAGCUGGAGCUGCUCCAAAAGGAGUACGAACAGAAGAAGGAACAGUUCAAGUCAAGUACAAAAACUCACAUUGUGGAGAAAUAUGGUGGCGAGGAGCAUCUGAAGGUGCCGCCCAAGUCGCUGCUGCUGGCCCAGACCGAGGAGUACAUUGAGUAUUCGCGCAGCGGCAAGGUCAUCAAGGGCGUGGAGAAGCCGAAGGCGCGCAGUAUCUACGAGGAGGAUGUGUACAUCAACAACCACACGACAGUGUGGGGCAGCUUCUGGAAUGCCGGCCGCUGGGGCUACAAGUGCUGCAAGUCCUUCAUCAAGAACUCCUACUGCGUGGGCAUGCAGGAGCCGGAAGGCUAUUCAGACCAUCAGCAGCAGGCGAACAGCUCCGCCCCAGCAGAACCUGUAGAAACAUCCGCUGAAGUCGAAACCAGAAUCCAAGAAGAUGAACCACCGGAGAAGGUCGCCUCGGAGGCAGAAUCUGCGCCAAGUUCGGAAUCAUCCUCGGAGGAGGAGGAGCCAGAUGUGCGCGAGAAGAAAAAGUCAAAGAAGAAGUCCAAGAAGCGAGAAAAGCGAAAGAAGGCCAAGGAGCAGCGCAAGCGCAAGGAGGCGAAAGAAAAGGAAGCCAAGGAGAAGGCGGCGGCAACAGAAAAGAAAAUGCAAGAGGACUUGGACGAUCGCAAGAGACCCUACAACAGCAUGUACGAUGUGAAGGCGCCCACCGAGGACGAGAUCGAGGAAUGGAAGAGGAAGCGGCCACGCGAUGAAGAUCCCAUGGCGCAAUUUCUCUGAAUAAAUGUUAAAUAAAAUAAAAGUAACCACGAAAAAACUUGC